AGUCGGUUUGAAAAGAGCAGACAAAGGCUUUGAGCUCCGGACGCCCCUCUCUCUCUCUCACUCUGCCUACAAAGCCAACCUGGCUCUAUCUUUUCUGCUUUUAUAUCAUGGAAAUGUUUGUUAAAAGGCGGCGUUAAGAGUGUUGGUUUUAUUUCAACUUUCUCAUUCUGAAAUGUACGACCGUCUGGAUCCCCGCUCGGCCGAGAGAGGACGGCUUUUAGUAGGUAUAAUACAAGGAAGCGUCGUCUGAGAGAGGGAGAGAGAGGGGGAAGGAUUGACGCUUUUUCCUCCUCUCCUCCUCCUUCUUCCUUUCGCCCCCCUCUCCUCCUCUUUUUUGGCGGAGAGAGGGGUUGAGGCAGGAAUAAACGCUUUUUUUGUUUUUUCUUUUUCUUCUUUCAAUGCAUUUGAAUCCUACUGCGCAACCAGAGCGGAUCACGUGGGAUUUGGAGUGAGUUGGAUCGAUUUUGCACAGUUCAAUGUGAGAAAAAGAGAGAGAUUCACAACUCCUAUUUCUUUUUUACUCCUGUGGAUAACGGGACUGUUGAUACUUUUGCAUAAUUGCAAGAGAAGGGGGGUGUUUGAGUGGGCUCCUUUUUUCAGCCGUGGAGGUGUGGAGUAUUAAAUCUUAUAUGCCUGGGGUUUGAAAAACAAUGGAGACGCACAUUUCGUGCCUCUUCCCGGAAAUUUUGGCCAUGAUUUUCAGCUAUCUGGAUGUGAGGGACAAAGGCAGGGUAGCCCAAGUGUGUAUCGCUUGGAGGGACGCAUCCUACCACAAGUCAGUGUGGAGGGGGGUGGAGGCCAAGCUGCACCUCCGCCGGGCCAAUCCCUCCCUGUUCCCCAGCCUCCAGGCCAGGGGCAUCCGGAGGGUCCAGAUCCUGUCCCUGCGCCGCAGCUUGAGCUAUGUGAUCCAGGGAAUGCCUAACAUUGAGUCCCUCAAUCUGUCCGGCUGCUACAACCUCACGGAUAAUGGACUGGGUCAUGCAUUUGUACAGGAGAUCCCAUCACUGAGGGUUUUGAACCUGAGUCUGUGCAAGCAGAUCACAGAUUCCAGUCUUGGCAGGAUAGCUCAGUAUCUGAAGAACCUGGAGGUGCUGGAGCUUGGUGGCUGCAGCAACAUCACCAACACCGGGCUUCUGUUAAUAGCCUGGGGCCUCCACAGGCUCAAGAGCCUCAAUCUGAGGUCCUGCAGGCAUGUCUCUGAUGUGGGGAUUGGACAUUUGGCGGGCAUGACCCGCAGUGCGGCGGAGGGAUGCUUGAACCUGGAGUACCUGACUCUCCAGGACUGUCAGAAACUGACGGACCUGUCACUCAAACACAUUUCUAAGGGGCUGACCAAGCUCCGGGUACUGAACCUGAGCUUCUGCGGGGGGAUCUCAGAUGCAGGGAUGAUCCACCUCUCCCACAUGGCCUCCCUGUGGAGCCUCAACCUGCGCUCCUGUGACAACAUCAGUGACACGGGAACCAUGCACCUUGCCAUGGGCACCCUAAGGCUCUCCGGGCUCGAUGUUUCCUUCUGCGAUAAGAUAGGGGACCAGACCCUGGCAUACAUUGCCCAGGGGCUGUACCAGCUCAAGUCCCUGUCCCUGUGCUCAUGUCACAUCUCUGACGAUGGGAUAAACCGGAUGGUGAGGCAGAUGCACGAGCUGAGAACCCUGAACAUUGGACAGUGUGUGCGCAUCACGGACAAAGGGCUGGAGCUCAUAGCUGACCACCUGACCCAGCUGGCGGGCAUCGACCUGUAUGGAUGUACCAAGAUCACCAAGAGGGGACUGGAGAGGAUCACACAGCUCCCCUGCCUUAAAGUGUUGAACCUGGGACUCUGGCAGAUGACAGAGAGUGAGAAAGUGAGGUGAUUGGAAGCGUUUAGUUUCCGUUCUUUUUGUUUUUGGAUGGGGACAGAGGAGGCAUGAGGAGGGGGAAUAGAUGGGUGGGUAAAUUUCUUUUCUUAUUUAAAAAUAAAAAGGAGAGAAAACCUCCCGUGUCCCUCCCAUGUGUAAGGUGAGCUUCUCCCAUGUGACCAGAAUUUUAUGUUCCAAUGUUUUGUUAUGUUUUUUUCUUUUUAAUUUUUCUUUCUGUUGGCCUUGCAGGAUUUUAAUUAGUGUUUUGUUAUGACUUAAUAUUCUGCCUGGUAGGAAACAAUUAUAACUUACUUUUGUUAGGAGCUUGUGAAAAAUCCCUGAUAACAGUUUUGAUCUCACACUGAGUUUUUAGUACCUCCUAAAUUCUGACUUUGGACUGGAAUAACAAAUUAGAUUGUUUCGCAUAUUUCCUUUUAAACUAAAAGUGUCAUUUGAAUAAUCGGCUCCAUUCGCUGACACUCGCUUCUGGAAUAUUCUUAAAAGUGAAACUUGCAUCCAUCCAAACUGUGUGGCAUCCAUUUAAAGCAAAGUGAGGUUUUUGUAACUUGAGUUUUUUUUUGUUUGUUUUUUAUUAUUACUAUUAUUUUUUUUCUUUCUUUCUUUUUUUUUUCUUUUUACAGUGAGUCCAGAUUUGAGACAUUCACAACUAAUUUCUGCUACAGCCAUCACGCCUAAAACAUUUGGCUACCUCGUAUGUGGUUGUUUUCAAAGGGUGUAUACUGUUCAAGAAACAGAAGGAAAGCGAGAAUGAGAGACUGGGAGAAAAUGUGCCUAAAGGGACUGUGUCUGCCCCCUCCCCCCAUCCCCUCCCUCCCUCCUCCAUGAGCAGAGCUGGAGAAAGGAGACCAGGACACAAUCUAACUACCUUUGUUAAUUUACCCCCAUAAACAGCAACAAUUUCCCACAGAGAGAAAGAGAGAGAGAAAGGUGUGUGUUUGGGGGGGGGGGGUCGAGCUGUAAAAAUCUAUUCAGAUUUCAAGAGGGCGACGCUUUAUGGAGAUAGAGAAGAAAAAGACAUAAACGCGCUUGUGUACAAGAGCUUUUUUGUUGUUGUUGUUUAUUUUAAUUUUCUUAGGGAUAAAGUCCUUCUUUAACCCCCUUUUAGAGACGUGUUGUGUUCAAGCUUUGAUGCGUAUAAAGGAGAUGAGAUUGUCAGCUUACCCUUAGAAGAAACACUGACUCAUCAUGUAAUAAUAUUGCAGAGAUAUAUGGUAAUAACAACCCUGCCAAGCGAUAUAAACAUAUAUGAAGGCAUGAUCAGGCUGUAAUUAAACGCAGUGUGCGUCCAUGUAAGUAUGUUAUAGAAAUGUUCAGUGCUUUUUGUAAGGGAUGCUGGUUGAAACACGUCAUUGGAUGUUGUUCAGAGCGUCGUACUUCAAAUUGAAGUGAUUUCUAUAUCUUAUUACCCUUUAUUGAUCGAAACGAAUCAGGGUUUGUCUCAUGGCUGUAUUUUCCCACGUUAAUGCCAACACAGGUCGCAUUCAUAUUCAUGUUGCUCUCACCGGUAAGACAGAGAGAGAGAGAGAAAGAGAGGGAGGAAGAGAGGAGGGGAGGGAUGUGUUUUUUUUCCCCCCACCUCCUCUUUUUCCUCUAUCUCUCCCUGAAUAAAAAUACCCUGAAUCCAUUUUGAGACAUGCUUAGAAUAAGGAGCAAUCGAUUAGUUUUUUUUUUCUUUCUUUCUUUCUCUCUCUCUCCAUCUCGGGUUACAAGCAGAAUGCGUUUCUCUCUCUCUCUCUCUCUCUCUCUGUCUCACACACAUUAACACACAUGCGCACACACACGCCGAGGCCUGUGUGUGUGCGUGUGCGCGCGUUUUAAUGUAAUGCAAUGACCUGCUAGAAAAUUAAUAUACGGAUGUGCGUCCUGCUGAAAAAGCUGUGUGUGUUUUGAAAAAUAAAAAAGAUGUACUGUAUAUUAUGUGUUUGUAAAGAAGAAGAAGAAAAAAAUGCAGAAUCCCAAAAUUAAAUUGUUUUAUAUUCUUACAAGGUUAAAACAAUUAAAGAUAUUUAUAUAAUGAAUGAAAAAGAGCGGCGUGUUACUUUUGUGUAGGUGGAGCGUUUCAUUGUUGUCACCAUGCUGUCUGAAUUAUGAAAAACAUCAGUUUACACAAGGUAAUUUGACAUUGUUUAUCCCCACAAGACAAGCAGUCCUGCUGUGGUCUUUUCCUACAAUGAUAUUAUCCAGUUAAUACAAUAAGGGCUUUUAUUUUCAUGCAUUUGUUCCUAAUAACCACCCACACAAUUCAUUCUGAGUAUUGUCCCUGAUCAGUCCAGUCUUGCUUUUCGAAAGGGUUGGGGGAAAAAAAAUCUGUUGUGUUGUUUUAUUAUUUACGAGGAUAUUCAAAAUGGAUGCUUGCCGUCUUGAUUUGGCUGCAGUGCCUGUGUAAUUAAUUAUCACCAGGGCGUUUAUUAUAGGAAGCUGUUCUACCCUGCUGGGUUUUUAAUCGUCAACCUCUGUUUUUUAUCCUCAAAUGCAGCAAAAAAAAAAGAAAAGAAAUGAAAAAAAACCAAAAA